AUGUACAUCCGCGCCAUUCAUGCCGAGGAGAACGUCCGCGUGUUGCGACGACUCAUCCGCGAAAACCCGCUGGGCCUGUUUACAACAACAAUUGCCUCGCCGUCGGGCUCCUACCACUUUGUCCAAACAAGCCAUAUCCCCUUCAUCUUGGAUGUCGAUGAUGAAGCAAGCGAAACGGAGCUUGGCACACUGAGGGGCCAUCUCGCUCGAGCCAAUCCUCAGAGCAAAGCCAUUAUCGAAGAGGCAACGACCAACCCCACAACAAUCGAGACCAAAGUCCUUGAGCGGGAGGUAUUGGUCAUCUUUCAGUCUCCUGUCCACCACUAUAUUCCACCAAGGUUCUUGGUUGAGACUAAGCCCAAGACCCAAAAGGUCGUUCCCACGUGGAACUACGCCGCUGUCCAAGUAUACGGCAAAGCCCGAGUUUACGUCGAUGCCAAGUCGGAAGAAACAUCUGCAUAUCUUAACUCACAGAUAGAUGCCCUCACAAAACAUAUGGAGGUUGAUUUGAUGGGUCACGAUGGUAAAGGAGAUAACCACGAGCCGUGGAAGGUCUCCGACGCUCCUGAGAGGUACACGGAUCUGAUGAAGAAGGCAAUUAUUGGCGUUGAGAUUAAGAUUGAGAGCAUGGAGGGCAAGUUCAAAAUGAGCCAAGAGGAACCUGCUGGGGAUCGCAAGGGCGUUAUUGAAGGGUUCCGAGAAUUAGGAACAGAUCGUGCGCGACAGAUGGCGGAUUUGGUAGAGGAACGACAAGAGUUAAAGCAUGGGAAGGCAUAA